AUGCUUACUCAAGCGCGCAGCAGCCCUUACGGCCUGGGCGCGGCCCUGACUCAACGGGGCGCGGAUGGCGUGGAGCGACCUCUGUGCUGCGCUUCGCGCACACUGAACGCCGCCGAGUGCAACUACUCGCAACUCGACAAGGAGGCGCUGGCGAUCGUGUUUGGAGUCACUAAGCACCACCAAAAAGAAUCUCUUAACAUAGACCAGGGUUGUUUAAUAUGGGGAUAUCGAGUGGUUAUUCCAAAAUCUUUACGAGUUGCGGUAUUGAAUGAAUUACACGGUGGCCACCCCGGCAUAGUAAAGAUGAAACAAAUCGCGCGGAAUUACGUUUGGUGGGACACACUGGACGCGGACAUCGAGCGGGUGGCGGAGCAGUGCGCCGCGUGCCGCGCGCAGCGCUCUGCGCCGGCGCCCGCGCCUCUGCACUCGUGGCCGUGGCCAGGGGAACCCUGGGCGAGAUUAAACUUAGACUUUCUAGGGCCUUUUAAUAACGCAUACUAUUUAGUUAUAAUCGACGCUCAUUCUAAGUGGAUAGAGGUCGAAAAAAUUAAAACUGGAUCUGCCUCUGUUGUAAUCAAUUGCUUACGAACAUUGUUCGCACGUUUCGGCCUGCCGAAACAAGUAGUCACCGACAAUGGGCCACCGUUUUCGUCGGCCGAAUUCGGCUCUUAUCUCAGACGUAACGGAAUUCGACACACCUUAGUAGCUCCUUAUCAUCCGGCCAGCAAUGGCGCGGCCGAGAAUGCGGUGCGUACCAUUAAGCGAGUGUUGAAGAAAGCCGUUAUCGAGAACGAGAAAGACGUCACGGCUCUCAGUAGGUUUUUGUUCAUGUACAGAAAUACUGAACACAGCACUACUAAGAAAGAACCGGCAGUGGCGCUUCUAGGGCGGCGGCUUCGCGGUCGCCUCGACCUGCUGCGGCCCGACACCGCGGACGUGGUGCGCACCGCGCAGCGGGCCAGCGAGCGGCGCAGCGAGGGCCACGCGUUGCGGCAGGGCGAGCCGGGGGCCGAGGUGCUGGUGCGAGACUACGCGCGCGGAGCGCACAAGUGGGCCGAGGGACAGUCGAGAUUUACGCUCAGUGACAUUGACGAUAAGGCACCCACACCCGUCUCACAUCAGCCAGCGGACAAAGUCCAGGUAGACAUCCCGGAAGUCACAGGGUUGCCCGCUGAUGAUACGGAUCAGAAUGACGGGGAAGGUGGAGGCGAGGACGAGUAUGGCACGCCGCCGGGGACUCCGACAAAACAUGACGAACGUUGUCGCCGGAAAGCUGCUGUCCGUUGUUUAGAAAGAUUAAAACAAAUUUAA